AUUACAGGCUUCGGCCUUAGGCCAAAAUACCAACACACGCCGCAGACUGUUUACUUGACCAAAUUGCUUCUCAGAAGGACUAGGGAAAAUGCAGCUUGCUGCCCAGCGCCAGUCUGCCCGAGUGGCUUCUCGCUCGGAGCGCACCUUUGCGCCUGUUCUGAUGCCGGUUAUCGCGCCCGCGUGCCCCAUCCUGCGCGGUCGCGCCGUCGCGACCUCGUCGGCGCCUGUUGCUCGCAAGCGGAGCGCUUUGCGGGGCGCUGUCAUCGCCAAGGCAGCCACCGUCGAUGCUCCUCGCAAGUUCCAGCAGCCCGGCCAGGGCGUCAAGCAGGUGAACGUGGUGUACAAGUUCGGCGGUUCCUCGGUGCGCGACGCGGAGCGUAUGCGUGAGGUCGCGGACAUCAUCUGCAGCUUCCCCCAGUACCUGCCGUGCGUGGUGCUGUCGGCUAUGGGCAAGACCACCAACAUGCUGCUCGAGUGCGGUGAGCUGGCUCUGAAGACCCCCACCGACCAGAUUGGCGACCUGGCCCCUCUCAAGAACAUCCGCAAGCUGCACCUGGACACGUGCGAUGAGCUGGGCGUGGAGGCGGCCGUGCGCACCGAGGUUGACCGCAUGGUCAACGAGCUGCAGCAGCUGUUGAUCGGCAUCAGCAUCAUGCAGGACCUGACCCCUCGCGCCAAGGACAGCCUGGUGUCCUUCGGCGAGCGCCUGUCCACGCGCAUCUUCGCCUCCUACAUGCGCGUCAACGGCGUGGCCGCCCGCCAGCACGACGCCUGGGAGCUGGGCAUGACCACCACCGACGACUUCACCAACGCCGACGUCAUCUACGAGGCCUCGCUGCCCGCCAUCAAGAAGGCGCUGGCGCCCGCCCCCGGCACCGCCCAGCCCGAGGUGCCCAUCGUGACCGGCUUCCUGGGCCGCGGCCAGAACACCGGCGCCGUGACCACCCUGGGACGCGGCGGCUCGGACCUGACUGCCACUGUGCUGGGUGCGGCCUUGGAGCUGCCGGAGGUGCAGGUGUGGAAGGACGUGGACGGCGUGCUGACCUCGGACCCGCGCAUCGUGCCCUCCACCAAGCCCGUGAACGAGCUCACGUUUGAGGAGGCCACCGAGCUGGCGUACUUCGGCGCGCAGGUGCUGCACCCCCAGGCCAUGCAGCCCGCCAUCCGCUCCGGCAAGAUGAACGUGCGUGUGAAGAACUCGUACAACCGCACCGCGCCCGGCACCAUCAUCUCGGCCACCCGCCCCAUGGACUGCACCGUGGUUACGUCCAUCGUGCUCAAGAGCAACGUGACGCUGGUUGACAUCAUCUCCACACGCAUGAUGGGCCAGUACGGCUUCCUGUCCACCGUGUUCGACGCCUUCCGCCGCCACAAGAUCUCAGUGGACGUGGUUGCCACCUCCGAGGUUUCGGUGUCGCUGACGCUGGACCCCAAGAAGGUGGCGGGCGCGGUUGAGGACGAGCUGACGCAGCUGAGCCAGGAGCUGGAGAAGAUCGCGGCGGUCUCGUUCCGCAAGAACCUUGCGAUCCUGUCGCUCAUCUGCAACGUGGAGAAGACCAGCGAGAUUCUCAUGCGGGCGUUCAGCGUGUUCCAGCGCGAGAACAUCAACGUGCUCAUGAUGAGCCAGGGUGCCUCCAAGACCAACAUCAGCCUGGUGGUGGACGGCGCGCGCGGCGUGGAGGCGGUGCAGGCCCUGCACCGCGAGUUCUUCGACGGCCCCUCCGUCUGCAGCACCAACUCCGGAGUCACCGUCGGCCUCGGGAACGGCAACGGCAACGGCAACGGUUCUCACAACUGAAGCGGCGUUCCCAAAGCGUUGCGCAUUUUGAGUGCUUGAUGGCGCGCGGUGGUUGUCGUGCGACAUUGGUCUGGGUAAACAGUGUUACGUCGUGCAGUGAUAGGGUAUGUCGUGGGUCCCGGACGCUCGGGCCGUCACAGGCCAGGGAAGGAAGGGCGCAGGGUAACAUGCCCCUCAUCCCAUCGGAUGUUAAGGACUGGCAGCGUGCGUGUGCGUGAGUACAACAAAGUGUGCGCGCAUUCCGUAUUCACGCGUUGUGCGGGUGGCCUUGACCCCUGCCAGCGCGCUACCGACAGCUUGAAGCACGUGUGCUGACAGCAGGUGAUGGGUUGAGUCUACCACAACAAGGGCUGGGACUGUCUUUGACUUGCUGACUGACGAGACGUUGACAUGUACAGUGAUCAGUAACCGUGUGCGGGGUAAGGCUAGUGAGCCGACGUCUGGACAUACGGCGUGGAGAGCCAGAUAGGCUUAGGUUCAGGAAUCCCCCGAGAAGGGGCGGCCACCGGUGGAAAGGGCGGAAGCCGAUGGAGAGGAGCACUUGCAAAGAGGGGCAGUGCGCGUAGGCAAGUGAGGUAGGAAUGAGGCUGAGGAGUGAGGGAGUUUGCUGGCCGCACAGCCUGUUGCUCCGGCCUGGUGUGCCUUGGUCGCUGGCUGCAGUUUGGCAGCUUCGCCUGAAAGAGAAAGAACAUUCAGCGCUUUUCGCUGUUGCUGCUGUGGUAGGUGUGCGCCAACGUUGACGCCAGUUAGAGAAGCCAAGUUUGCUAAUCGCGGGAUGAUGACACCGCCCGCAGUUGAGGCAAUUCCCUGCAGAUGUUGACGCGCUGGCUAUUGAGGAGUCUCUGUUAUAUAAACCCU